AUGACUGACGUGAAGAAAGUAGCGCUGGUCUUCGGUGCUAGUGGGAUCUCCGGAUGGGCUGUGACCAAAAACCUAUUAUCCUAUCCCACUGCUACCACGUUUGAUCGGGUUAUUGGUUUGAUGCACCGUUCACGAACAAUUGCUGAGACUGGCCUACCUCAAGACCCCAGACUCGAGCUGUACUCAGGGGUGGAUCUCCGCACCAACCUCGAGACUGUGAAGAGGCAGAUGCAGGAACGAAUUUUAAACCUAGAUCAAGUCACACACGUCUACUAUCUUGCAUACUCCAAUGCUACUGCGUACACAGAAAAAGUGAUGAGUAUCAAGAACAUCAACAAGGACAUGACAAAUAAUACUGUCCACGCAGUCAACACUCUCUGCUCGCGGCUUCAAUUUUUUGUCCUCCAGACUGGGACUAAUCACUACGGGGUUGCGGUAUUCCAGCACAUAGACAAGAUCGAGAUAAACCCUCCCCUAAGGGAGAAUAACCCCCGAAUUCCAUCGCCUUACGGAGAUGAAAUCUUCUAUUACGAUCAAGUUGAUUUGAUCAAGGUGGCCGCGAAGGGCAAAUCAUGGAAAUGGUGUGAGGUUCGGCCUGACCAGAUCAUCGGAUAUGUUCCUAAUGUGAGCGGCAUGACCUUUGUUGAGCCAUUGGCUCUAUACCUCGCUCUCUAUCGUUUCGUCAACGGCCCGGGUGCAAGCGUCAUGUUCCCCGGUACAAAGACCAACUUUACCUACACGUUCACAGACUCAUCCCAGGAUCUGAUUUCAAAGUCUGAAAUUUACCUCUCUGUGGUUCAGCCGGAACAGGCUAACGGUGAGGCCUUCAACAUUGCUGACACUGAUUUGCCGGGGUCGUGGUCCGUCAAAUGGCCGAUCUUGGCUGAAUACUUCGGCCUGAAGGGAGCCGGUCCCGGUGAGACAGGCUGGGUGGAUAUCGAAGAGUGGUGGAAUGAGCAUCAAGAUGACUAUCGACGUAUGUGCCAAACCUACUGUCUGGAACACCGUGACCUUCCUCCUUCGUCGUGGGUUUUCAUCAAGGUUGGCUUUACGCUUCUUGAUCGCAACCGGGAGAUGUCUCUUGACAAGAUCCGAGGAGUAGGGUUCAAAGAAGAGAUUCCCGCUGGAGAGGGUUAUAUUGUUGCCCUCGAGCGUAUCGCGGAGGCCAAGUUGAUUCCGUCUCAACGUGCGCUAUCCACCUCCCCAUUUUCGCAACCAGAGCCGUCUAAAGUUUUGGACCAAUAUCCUGUCAAGGACAAGGCAAGCCAUGUGAGCGCUUAG